AUGAUCAUUCAACCUCAGGCUCAAGAGACUCAGAUGAAGGUUGCUGUUAUUGGCACGGGACCAGGUGGUCUAGCAGCUAUCAUCAAUCUCCUAAGAUUGCCUUUCGUCGAGCUUAGCGCUUACGACCAAGCUUCUGAACUGCGAGAAGUUGGUGCGGGCAUCAGUAUCAAUGAGAACACAUGGAGGCACCUCAAGCUUCUAGGAGCAGCAGAGGCAAUUGAGCAAUAUACAAAAAGGGGUGAUGGGUCAAAAAUUGAUACUGAGCAGCGCAAUGGAACUACUGGAGAACUGAUCUCGCGGACUUUCCAGAAAGUGGAUCCGGAAGCAGCGCCUAGAUCACGUAUUGAAAGGUACAAAUUGCAGAAAGCACUAUUAGGUCAAGUCCCUCCCGAUUUCAUCCAGUUGUCCAAAAAGCUGGCAGAGAUCGUAGAGUCGUCCAGAGGCAUCGAGUUGACCUUCCAAGAUGGUUCCCGGGCGGGUCCAUUCGACCUUCUGUUAGGUGCCGAUGGUAUCCGUUCAGUCGUCCGACAACAUGCAUUCCCUGAACACAAGUUGAGCUAUACCGGCAAAGUAGCUUACAGAACCCUUAUCCCCCAAUCCGCUGUCGCCCAUAUUCCCAAUAUACCCCAGUCGGCAUGUUUCUGGCACACGAGAAAUACACAUGUUUAUACGGAUCCUUUGGAUAACGGGUUAUUCGAAAUCGCUACCAGAGCUGACGAGCCGGAGGAGGAAGUCAGCAAAGUCAGUUGGGGUAAGAAGGUGAAGAAAGACCAGGUGGUCCAUCAUUACAGCAACUAUUGUGAAACUAUCCGUCAGGUUAUUGCUGCUCCCGAUGAAUGGCUCGAAUUUGCCAUGUUCGGCGGACCAAGAUUGGAGUCAGUCAUCUCUAACGGCCAUAUAGCUUUGUUGGGCGAUGCGUCACAUCCUCUUUCUGGCGCGUUCGGCUCCGGUGCCGCAUUUGCGUUCGAAGACGCUUAUGUUCUGGCACAAGCGCUUCUAUACACACACCAGAGGCAGAAACCUAUCUCAGAAGCCUUAGUGCUGUAUGAUGAGGUUCGCUCGCCACAUUACAAGGGUCUCUACGAAAUCCUAAAUGGCUUCGGAGUCAACGCUAAAGAGCUCGACGCAAUUUCACCUCCCCUCGACGAGCAAGAUUAUAUCAAUGAGAGGACGAGAAGAAACUGGGGUGCUGAGAAUCGAUGGAUCUAUAAAUACGACGUCACGAAAGUCUGGAAGGAGUACGCUGAAUUGGCAGAUGUUGGCGAUGACUUUUCUGCGCUCACGCUCAAGAGGAACAAGGAGGCGGAAAAAUCGGUUCCAGUGAUUAGCGUGGAAGCGUAA